CUUGGCUUCACAAUUGCCACCAUCUCAAAACCAUUAUCAACCACAGAAACACUAACACGAAACAAAUCCAUGUCCAUAAUGCCAAUCAACGAAAAAAAUCUCCAUUUCCUCCUCUCAGCUACAUAUAAAUUCUACCAUCAGGUCUUACCGAAAUCAAGAAACCCCAGUAUUCGACUUCCAGAGCAUUUGCAGUGGAGUUAGAAUCCAUGUCGCCUUCGUGCGCCACAGUGCCAGGCACGCUUAGAACAGAAUGGUUCAACCCAAAUAGGAACAGGCUAAUUGCUCCUGCGAGAAUCAACCAGACAGGCAAGUGCGGAUUGAGUAGAAGGGGUUUUGUUUUUAAAGGGGUUUUUGCUGCUGGAGCUUCAGUUAUAGCCCCUUCUGAAGCUGCACAGCCCUCUCAAGUAGGGUUGGAAAGGUUGCCAUUUAAGCCAGAGGGGUACAACUUCUGGACAUGGAAAGGCCACAGAAUUCAUUAUGUGGUGGAAGGAGAGGGGGCUCCAAUUGUUCUAGUUCAUGGGUUUGGCGCUUCCGCUUUUCACUGGAGGUAUAAUAUACCAGAAUUAGCUAAAAAAUACAAGGUUUAUGCUCUGGAUUUGCUUGGCUUUGGAUGGAGUGAGAAGGCACUCGUUGAGUAUGAUGCCUUGAUCUGGAGAGAUCAGGUUGUGGAUUUUUUAAAGGAGAUAGUCAAAGAACCAGCAGUUUUAGUUGGAAACAGCCUCGGAGGAUUUACAACUUUGGUAGCAGCAACAACAUUGCCAGAGCAAGUGAAAGGAGUUGUCUUGUUAAAUAGUGCGGGACAAUUUGGGGACGCAAGUUCUGCAACAACUGAGCAAGAAGACACAGCCUUACAGAAGCUCAUCCUAAAGCCAUUGAAGGAAAUCUUUCAACGUAUUGUUCUUGGAUUUUUGUUUUGGCAAGCCAAACAGCCAGCUCGAAUCGAAUCUGUUCUGAAGAGUGUCUACAUAAAUUCUUCAAAUGUAGACAAUUAUCUUAUCGAUUCAAUAACUAGGCCUGCAGCUGACCCUAAUGCAGGAGAGGUGUAUUACAGGGUGCUGGACUUGGGACUUCAGGCUUCUGCAGUUCAGCCCAACACUCCCCUACCCACCAAUUGCUGGACUUGACCCUUCACCGGCCUCUGCCCAAUAUGUAUAAACAACUUUAUACAUAGAGUCUCAAUUUUUUUUUUUAUAUGGAUUGCAAUAUAUUUGAAAUUUUUAUAAUUCAAUCAUUAAUAUUUUUAUGGUUUUGUCUAAAGUGUCGAUCAACACCAGUGCCUUUUGUAUCAGUUGCAAUCAUGCAUGCUAUGUUUGGCUGCGACCAAUAUUGAUACCAGGCCACUUGAUACAAUACAAAUUAAAUAGCAUACUGCAUACAUGAGAAAAGACAUGUAGUCUGCACUUUGCAAACAUGAGAACAUCUUUCAUUUCAUAGUUUAUAUAUUUUACCCCACUCCUCCCUUUUAUAGCUGUAUCUUGGUGAUAUCUACUAAUCUACUAUCAGUUGCAUUAGGCACCGAUAUUGUUAGUAAUAUCAGUUUGUGUCUUCAUAUUUAUGCAUAAAA